AUGGCGGCGGACACGGGGAGCUGUGGCUUGUUCGCGCUGCUGAGAUUUUUUUAUUCACUGUUCUUCCCUGGACUAAUUAUAUGUGGAGUUUUGUGUGUAUAUUUGGUCAUUGUCCUUUGGAUACUCAGGCGACAUCUACAGAGAAAGAAAAAGUCAGUUUCAACCAGCAAAAAUGGAAAAGUUCAAACGGUGGUUGCAUUUUUUCAUCCUUACUGCAAUGCGGGCGGUGGAGGAGAGAGGGUUCUAUGGUGUGCCUUGAAAGCCCUGCAGAAAAAGUAUCCUGAAGCAGUUUAUGUUGUGUAUACUGGUGACAUUAAUGUCAGUGGUCAGCAGAUACUAGAAGGUGCUUUCAGAAGAUUUAACAUCAAGUUAGUUCACCCAGUGGAGUUUGUUUUCUUAAGGAAACGCUACCUUGUGGAAGAUUCUCAGUAUCCCCACUUCACAUUACUAGGCCAAAGUCUUGGAUCCAUUCUUCUUGGCUGGGAAGCUCUGAUGCAGCGUGUUCCUGAUGUUUACAUCGAUUCAAUGGGAUAUGCUUUCACACUCCCUCUGUUUAAAUAUGUAGGGGGUUGCCGAGUUGGAAGCUAUGUUCAUUAUCCUACUAUCAGCACUGACAUGCUCUCUGUAGUGAAGAAUCAAAACACUGGAUUUAAUAAUGCAGCUUUCAUUAGCAGAAAUGCUUUUCUCAGCAAAGCAAAGCUCAUCUACUACUGUUUAUUUGCUUUUAUUUAUGGCCUUGUUGGUUCAUGCAGUGAUGUAGUCAUGGUGAAUUCUUCUUGGACACUAAACCAUAUUCUCUCACUGUGGAAAGUUAGGCAUUGCACUAACAUUGUUUAUCCACCUUGUGAUGUGCAGACAUUUCUGAACAUCCCCUUACAUGAGAAAAGGGUGACCCCUGGACAUUUGCUGGUUUCCAUUGGCCAGUUCAGGCCUGAAAAGAAUCAUGCUUUGCAGAUCAAAGCCUUUGCUAAAUUGCUAAAUGAGAAGGCAGCUGAGUCACGCCCUUCACUUAAACUUGCCCUUAUUGGAGGGUGUCGAAACAAAGAGGAUGAGCUUCGAGUAAACCAACUGAGAAAACUCUCUGAGAAUUUGGGAGUUCAAGAGAAUGUGGAAUUUAAAAUAAACAUCUCAUUUGAUGAAUUGAAGAACUACCUGUCUGAAGCAACAAUUGGUCUACAUACCAUGUGGAAUGAGCAUUUUGGGAUUGGAGUUGUCGAGUGUAUGGCAGCUGGCACAAUUAUCCUUGCUCACAAUUCAGGAGGCCCAAAGCUUGACAUUGUCAUUCCUCAUGAAGGACAAAUAACUGGAUUUCUGGCUGAGAGUGAAGAAGGCUAUGCUGAAACCAUGGCUCAUAUUCUUUCUCUGUCUUCAGAAAAGAGACUUCAGAUCAGGAAAACUGCUAGAGCGUCUGUAAGCAGAUUUUCUGACCAGGAGUUUGAAGUAUCAUUCCUGUCUUCUGUGGAGAAGUUACUUACGUAAUGCCAAAUGUGUGCACAUUCUAGAUAUUUUCUACAAAGUGGAGCUGGGGUGUGGGUCAGUGGUAGAGCCUGUGCUCGGUGUGUGCAAGGUCCUGCAUUCCAUCCCAGCAUCCAAAAAGUCAAAGAAAAUGCUUCACUUGGAAACACCUUCACAUGUAAAUAUUUUCUAAAUUCAUUCUCUAUUGUAAUAAAGGCAGCCUGAGCAAUAUUCUCAGCAUUGUAUAUGUAGACAAGGUAGUAUGUAACAAAAUGGCAAAAUUACCUAAAUGGGAAAAGUAAUCUCGUGUACCUUAAUGUACAGAUUUUACAUUAGUAUUUGGCCUCAAAAUAUGAACAAUACAAAUCUCAAAAAAAUUACCAAUCAGAUUUUUACAUACUCGUAUUUUAACUUUAUCUUUUCCUUUCCUUAUUUUAAUCCUUGAAUGUCCCUGCCUCCACCUCCCAGAAUGCUAUGAUCAUAGUAAUGCACUAACAAGUCCAGUGUAUGCAGUGCUAGGGAUGGAACCCAGAGCCUAACGGAGGUUGGACAAGAACUCUGCCAACUGGGCUGCAUCCUAAGCCCCAAAUCCUGUUUUCAAAUCACUGUAUUUUAGAAAACAUAAAACUUGCUGGGUUUUUCUUUGUUUUAUGAUGCUAGCAAUAAAAUGUGGAGACUCGGAGUGUAAA